AGAUGAUUAACGGCAACGUCGCUUCACAAACGACAUUAACGAAAACAACAAACUGCUGGAGCUCAAGUCAAUUUCAUGAAUUUUCAAAAUUAUAUUAAUCUAGUUUUGUUUAGCUAAAGGCGGGUGUUUGCGAAGAUGUCAGAGACCGAGAGCACAGACACACGCAGUCGAACGUUCCUGGACAAAUUCGAAAAUAACUUUGCACCUGAUGUGAACUACGCCAAGUUUCUCAAUGAUCCUUUUUCCACUACAUCCAUUCCCUCCGAGUACAAGAUCUCGUACGCUCCCACAAUGGAGUCCCAGAUUAGGAGAUUGCGACUAUCAAUGGAAACUUAUCGGGAGAUUUUGGUCCUGACGAAUGGGGUGCUCUUGUGGGAGAAGCAGUGGCAUCCUACUGCUAUUAUUGGAGGUGUUACAGCAUUGUUCAUGUUGAUUUGGCUCUCUGAACCAAACAUAUUGACAAUCAUAUCACUGAUAGGACUGAUCAUCACAGUCACUGACUAUAUACUGCCUGCAGUUGUAACGGCCAUAUUUAGGACCGAAUCUUGGACCAAUGAAAAACAGAGGAAAUAUGAGGAGAUCUGCACCAAUAUCAUCUUGUACAAGACUAAAUUCGAGUUGCUGGCAACUUCAUAUUAUCGCAUGAGGAUCACUAAUCCGAAAUUGUAUUUCAGCAUCACUAUUUUCGCCCUGUCUCUCCUAACCUGGUUGGGUGGAACCAUCAGCAAUCUCUUCCUUGUGUACCUGUUAGUCUUAACCAUUCUUCUUCUUCCCGGCAUGAUGACAAAUGGCAUGUUGAACCGAAGCUCAGAAACUCUCGGCAAGAUCUUCAACGAUCUAGUCGAAAACGCCAAGUCUCGAGUCGCUACUACGGUUAAGAAGAUAGAGAUGCUCUAAAAGUUCGCUCUUAUAAACGUUAAGGUCAAUUUCUUUUGCCUGAAUAUUCAAAUGUGCCUUGUCACGUUUUCGGGGAGGAUACAUCACUGAAGACGAAGCAUGGCUGAAGGAAGCAUUGGGAGAAAUAGUCUCAGUUUCAUCUGCUGUAUUCGUAGACGACAUGCUAACGUAUGUAUCCUUUCGAAUCCUGCUCGUGUUCGUUGUGCAGGGGCGUAAAUUGACUACGAAUAGGGUAUAGUGCCAUUCACGAGACAGUAGACGAACAUAAUAAUGAAUUUAGAGAUCUACUUUUAAGAUUUUGAUUCUGCUACCGUCUCAUAGAUAGCGCUAUAGUAUCUCGUCAGUCCCUUUUUGGCUUCUCUAAAGCCUAUUUGAAUUAGGUAUUUUUGGGUAGAAUACAUGAAUCAAUGUCAGCACCAGGAGUCCUCGCCUAUUGAUUGAGUAGUAAAACAUUCAACAAAACAAAAUAUGUGCAUCAAGUUGUAUUUGAAAUAUUAAAA